CGCUCGAGCGCGCUCUAGCCAGCAGAGUGCGCUCUUUUAAACUUAACGGCUAAAAAGCGACUUCCGGUGCGUGAUUACGGAGCGCGCUCCACGCGCACCAUCCUGGAAACGGAGCGCGAGAGCGCGCGCCUGCUACGGCUUCCGGAAAAAUGACGUGUUUCCUACUCUUUCCACUGAUGCAACUCCGUUCUCCUUGCCCACUCGUUCCUCCCGCCACCGCGCAGCCGGGCGCCUGAAGCAGGGAAACUUGGCGUGUUGGCGCGGUUUUAGCUUGGCGCGAACCGAAAAUGACGGCACGUUCAUUACUUGCCAGACGCACAGGUCCUCAUGUUAUCAUGGAAGAGGUUGGGGCAGUUGAAGUAACAUCGGUGGAAGCGUCUUUGCCCUUGGAUGGCGUAGUGCACAUAUUCGGUGACGGUGCUAACGGUCCUUCAAUGCCACUUGCAGAGCCAGGAAACGAAGGCCGUGACCACAGGAAUGAGUACGACCUCUGGGUGGCCGACGAUAGUACCGACUGGGACCUGGCGGGUGACCACAAUUACAACAGUGACCCUAAUGAAGGCUCCAGCUUUCAUCGUGCUGAAGCUGGUACAGCAAGGGAUGCCACAAACUGGUCCCACGCUGAGGUUCUUCUUUUGAUUGCAAGCUACCAGCGUCACAUACUAGAUUUUCAUGACAGGAAGAAAAAGAGAAAAUAUAUUUGGAUUCAAAUAAGCACAGAAAUGAGGGAGCGCGGCUAUUUGAGAACAGCCUCCGAUUGCGAGACGAAAUUUAAGGGUCUGAAAAGAACCUAUGAUAAACAUCGGCAACACAAGCGGAAGAGCGGAAGGGAUAGGAAGGAGUGGCCCUUCUACAGGGAGAUGGAGAACCUGUUGUCUUCAAGUGCAGAGUACCAAGCACCAAUUUCAUCUAGUAUGCCUACGCAGCCCUCCACAUCAGCCACGUCACCUGUUGGUGUACAGCUCUCGGGACCGGCUCAGGAAACUCAUGGAGCCACUGGUGAGAACACUGAUGGUUUUUCUGAUGAGCGUUGCUCCCAACACAAUGCGGCACAAGUUGCUGCCAAGGCAAAACGCCGUAAAACACCAGCAACUCUGUUGCAAGACAUCCUGAGCAACAUGGAGGCAUGGCAGGAUGAAGAACGCCAACGUUACAAGCAGCAACUGAAAAUGCAAAGAAUGAAGCUAAAAAUGCUAAAGCGCAUUGUGGACAGCACCAUUUAAGAUGUUUAUUAAUUAAAUCAGUUAUUUUCUGGAGUUAAUUAAAAACAGGAACACUAUUCUUUUUUUCGGCUUGCGUUACUGCCAGCAGCCUAGGUGUCUGACUGGAAUGCACACUCAGAAUGUACAUUCGACAAUUUUGUUUUGCUAUGGUCAGUGAAAAGUGUUUUAGAAAGUGUGCAGAGUGUAUGCUAUAAACCUUAUAAAUUCUAGAUUUCUAAAACAAGAAAUGUGGUUUUUAGGAAUGACUCACUUUGAAUAUAAAAUAGGAACAAGUUUAUUUCAGUAAACUGCUGAUCAAUAAGUAGGCAUUACCUGCACUUCUAAGUGUGUUGUCACUUGUGUCCGAUCGGUAUUCAAAUGGGAUUAUACUGGUGUGAAAAACCUCAAUUUGUUUAAAUGGACAACAGCCUUUAUUCUGCCGAUCUGGUUGCCUUUUCUUUUUGUGCUUUGCUAUGGUUUCUGUAUUGUCUUUUCAUGCUAGAGAAUACUUUUGUUUGCAUACUUGGCAGCUUGCCGUUUGUUCAAUUUUGAAGUGUUUUUUUUUUUUUUUGGCUCUGUGUCAAAAUAGAUUUGUGCUGAAGUUUUUACCGGUGACACUACUCCCUCUACCUUUCUGUUGCAGUAGACUUUUCUUGGUGGUUGCUGUCUUUCACAAUGCUUUCACACCUGGUUUAUUGGCCAGCCUCCUCUUUAUUUUUUUGCAGUCUCAAAGCAAUCAGCUUGCUGCUUGCUCUGGUUCAAAUAGUUUUGUGCUCAAAUUGCUUGCUUGUGGCAUUGCAUUUCUUUGUGUUGAUGUUGUGUAUAUAUAUAGGUAUUGACAUACAUAGUUGCCGUGUGGUUCCAACACUUUAAAAGUUUUUUUUAGAGCAUCUUUUGCUCAUUGUUUCAACAGAAAGCCUUCUGGGAACGAAAGUGGUUUCUAUGUAGUGCCUUAUGCUGAUAUUGUAUAUCUUGUAAGGACUUGAAGAAUUUUAUACAGACUAAUCACCUGUUCCCAUGUAUGUUGCUGCACAUCUCAAUGGAAACACAUGAAAGAGCAAUGCUACUUGAAGUACAAACACUAGUCACAUACACGAAGCAGUGCCAUUUGUGUUCAUAUUUUGCUUUAUGAUAGAGGUGCAAGUACUCCGUUUAUUUCAUAAGUGUUUUAUUUAUAUCAACAAUUCACAACAUAAAAAUGUUCGAGGACAGUACAUGAAAUGUUUUUUGUUACGACUGUUAUUGUUUACCAAAACGCAAUAAACAAUGGUUAAUACAAGCAUUUAAAUGCUGAAGCUGCCAGUA